GUUUAUCGAAGAGGUAUUCUCCCAUGGAGCCGUGGCUUUCGGACGCAGUGAUGCGGGUCAGGCUGCCGACGUAGUCGCCCAGCUUCUUGAUGGUGUCGUGGCUGUCGUUGAGGAAGUGCUGCUCCAGGAAGUCGCACAGCUACGAACAACAAACAGCGGGCACUACCGCUCAAGAAUCAACGAAGCACUCAACAGCGAGCAGUGCAGAAAUAACAACAGGGAUAACAACGGUGAUUUCCCCCACCUUGACAAGCCACUUGACCAAAAACCAGCCGCCGGAAAAUGUUCAAGAGGUGACGGUGCAGGAGCAGAACGAAACCAGUAUAACACUGCAGUGGGAAAAGUUGAACAACAUCUCCACAUACUUCCUACAAUAUGGCCUUCGCGGCGGUGUAAAGGAGGAGCGGGUUAAUGCUAUGUCGGGUCAGUUGUUGGUCAAGCAUGUAGUUACCCACCUGACUGCUGGAAGAAAAUACCAAUUCAGGCUCAUCUCCGAAUUCAUGGGUGCCAACAGCAGUGGAUACAUAUUUUCUGCUCCCACUGCCCCUGAGGAUGUCAAAUAUGUGGAUGUGGUGACCCAGACUGAAAGCAGCAUUACUCUGUCAUGGGACAAGGUUGGCAAUAUCUCAACAUACACCCUACAAUGUGUCGACUGCAACAUAACGAAAGAGGACAUGACUUUUGGAUGGAAAGCGGUGGUUAUGCGUGAGGUUUCUUCGCUCGCUGCUGGGAAAAGAUACAAUUUCACUCUCAUCACCGUGUUUGAGAACGUUAACAGCACCGGAUUCACGUUUGCCGCCUCAACACUGCCCUCCAUGGUGGCUGUGGUCAACGUGACUGAGCGUUCAGACACCAGUUUGACUCUGGCAUGGGAGAAGAUGGAUGCCCAGUGGACCUACUUGCUUCACAUUUACGGCACAAAUGUCACAGUCAAAUCAUCAAAUGUCUCCCACUCCUUCACGUCUCUGCAACCUGGAACGGAGUAUCCAUUCACUGUGAUCACAAUGUUCUCUGGGCUCAACAGCACCACUUAUACAGGCUUCUCUGUAACAGCCAUUAACUGCACCAACGAGCCCUGGCAUGUCACAACAUCAUCCAUCCAAGGAGCGAUCGAGGGCUUAUUUACAAGCGCAACCGCCUCCAAUGGUUCUCACUCUCAUGUCAGUGCAACAGGAAGUCAAACGGUGUCCUUUUCAGGACUAUAUCCGGGCGCGACAUACAACGUGUCACUCCAGUAUGAAAGGAAUUCCACUCACUUUGUGCAGUGCCGGCACCAACUGACAACCAUUCCGCCGGAUUUAACUGCUCACUGCAACUACUGGGAUUCAGGCUAUUCUGUCUUUAUCGUCUGGGAUAAGCCAGACGGAUUGUGGAGUGCUGUGGAGGUUAAUGUGAGUGGAAAAACGUGCAUAGUGGAUGAUAUCGGACAACAACAUGUCAAGAUACCUGGUUUCCAACCUGCGAGAACCUACGGGGUGUCUCUAUCUUCAUUGUCAGGAAGGAUGAUGAGGUCCAAAGCGUACGUUUUUCACUGUUCUACUGAUCCGCGUGGGGUCAUUGCAGCGUCAGUCGUCUCUAUCCUGCUUAUCGGCGUCCUGGCGUGUGUGACAGUGUUUAUUUUAAUGAAACGACCAAAUGGUAUCAUCAGGCGGAAAAUGUCUUUUCUUGACGGUGUCACCGUUUCAACUCACAAAGUCAUAGAUAUUCCUCUUGAAAAGUUUCCCGCACACUUUUACAGUUUAAGCAUGGAUCAGAACCAAGGUUUCAUUGAGGAAUAUAAGUGUCUUGCUCUUGUUGGCACGGAUCAAAUGCAAAAUGCUGCUCUGAUGCCUGUCAACUCUGAGAAGAAUCGCUUCACUAACGUCCUGCCAUAUGACUGGUGCAGGGUGAAGCUACAAACCACAAAUGGCAUGUCUGACUACAUCAAUGCCUCUUACAUACCGGGUUACAGCAGUUGCCGUGAGUACAUUGCCACUCAGGGCCCUCUGCCCUCCACAGUUAGUGACUUCUGGAGAAUGAUCUGGGAGCAGAGAGUGAGCGCCAUCGUCAUGUUGACCAACUGCGUUGAAGGCACGCGGACUAAAUGUGAACAUUACUGGCCUGCACAAAGCAAAAGUUGCUUUUACGGAGAUCUGACCAUCACAAUCACAUCGGAACAGCAAAAGCCCAACUGGACGAUAAGGGAAUUCCAUGUGAAACAUAGGAACAUACCGGCGGAGAGGAUGAUCAAACACUUCCACUUUACUGCUUGGCCUGACCACGGAGUCCCUCAAGGUACGGAUGUCCUGAUCCAGUUCAGAGGCCUCAUUGGGGAGCACAUAGAAGCACAAGGGAACAAGGCUCCCAUUGUAGUUCACUGCAGUGCCGGAGUGGGCCGGACCGGCACCAUUAUAGCCUUAGAUGUUCUGCUUCAGCAGCUGCACAGAGAUAGGAAAGUGAACAUCAAUGCUUUGGUGCACAAAAUGAGACUACAUCGGCCAUACAUGGUGCAGACCGAGGUAACACAAACGCACAGAAACACACACACACAUGCGCUAGCUCUACUCUCACAAGAGUUGCACCGGGCAGGAAUACAGCUCACACGCCGGCAUGUUCGUUCUACCUUUCAACUUGGACUUCUGCUUUCGUUGCAGUCCCAGUAUGUUUUCCUGAACCAGUGCAUCUUGAACCAUCUGAAGUCUUAAAGCGAGACUGAUGAAAAUGUGCAUGAGAAUGACAGACGCUGAGAGUUCCAGGUGAAAGUUUGAAUUAGAAGGCCUUCAUGCAUUUUCCCACUGUCCCCCCAAAAAAUCCUGAAUACUUGUCACGGUAACAAAAAAAAAGCACUUUUAUCUCGAUUUGCACUAAAAUGAAGUAUGUUUCUCUAUGGAAAUUGUAUUCCUGUUGUAGAGGACGCUAUGCUACUACUUCUUUUAGAUAAUAUACAUUUAAAAAACAGUGUACAAUGUAUAGGUAAUAGUUUACUUAUUUUCUUAUUGUUUCCAUCUUUGUAGUCAAUGACCUGUAAAUACACCCAAAAGCACUUUUAAACGCUCUACAUUCCAGCAUCAAGGCUAGAUUUUGAACACCAUACUUCCAAAACCACUGCUUAUUUAAAAUACAAUAAAAAUGGGGGCGUUCAAUGGAUACUGAGUUAAAUGUAUUGGAUUAGGUGUACCUAAUGGAAUGUCUGGUGAGUGUCGGCCUUUUGUGUGAAAAUCCAACAUUGUCCUCCAGUUGGAUGUUAUUCUGGUUCUCCUUGACCGGGUACAGUACUGAAGCUCGAUUCGAUGAGUUCCUGCCGAGCUCUCAAGCCGUCGGGGUUGAUCACCGCCGCCGACCCCUGGCAAGGAUUCCUCGGCUGAGGGUCUUCAAAUUUCUCCUCUCCAGGCGGCAGGGGCACCGAGAACUUCUUGGCGAUGUUGUGCAAGACGCAGCAAGCCUUGACCACAUUAGUCAACUUGUCCAGCGUGAAGCCCAGUUUAGUCAAGCACCUGAAGCGCCACUUGAGGGAUCGCAGCGUUGUCCGCGUCACGCUGUGGAGCUUGGCGUGGGCUUCAUUGAAGUGGAUCUGAGCGUCGCUUUUGGGGUCCGACACGGGAGUCAGGACGCGUUUGCUCAAGUGGUAGCCUUCGCCUCCUUUAAACCAAUAGACAAGAAAGGGGAAUUAACAGGAAGUCAGAGACCAUAAAAACUAAAUAUGUUGAACAACAACAAAUGAGUGGCCGGUAGAUGACCACAAUGUAUCCCCCGGUUUUGGUAGUGGUUAGCAUUAGUGGUUCAAAUCCACACAGUGUCUAAAAAAGCUUGCAUGUUGGGCUAAUUGGAGACUUUAAAUCAGUGGUGUCCAAACUUUUCUCAGCAAAGGGCCGACAUAACAAUUGAAGUAUCCGAGGGUCACUUUGUUCAUACAUUAAAGAUACGAUAACAGAUCAAAUGUAGGUCAAUCAAUAUAUGCUGAACAAAACAUCUACAUCUUAGCGCUGUGUUAUAGGGUACACUGUUAAACAAAAAAAUAUAGAGAUUUUACGUAAAAAAAACUGGCAGGUCAGUCGAAAAAAAUUUAUGGUGGUUUUUACACUGAAUAACUAAAGUAAAUAACAGUACCACUUUUUUAUUACGGUAAAAUUCUGGCACCUGAGCUGCAAUUUCUUUUAACAGUAAAAUCUAUUCUUUACAGUGCAUUACUAUGAAUGGGAAAAAU